UUGUGUUUAUGUUCUUUGUUGGCGUCAUUCGGAAGGGGAACCUUUCAUAACAUCACUUUUGUUUGCCCUAUGGUUUGCUCGAGCCGCGUACAUUUUCAUAGACUUUGCAACGACAGGCUAAAUGGUUAAUAUAGGACUGAGGAGAGUAGACGAUGCCCUGGCUGCUAAACACCCGGGUCUACAACAAUAUGCUGCUUGUCAGUCAUCAGCCUUCAUGAAGGGCACUGGGACGUUUCUCUUAGGUACUGCUGGUUUUUUUGUUCUUCAAAAAGCUUUACAAAAGAGGCUUCCUUAUGCACUUCAGUGGAACCUGCUCGUUUCAUUUGUGGCCUCGUCUGUCGGAAGCUACGCAGUGACGCGCUGGGAGACCAGGAAAUGCACUGAGCUGUGGUUGCUGUUGGAAAAAGGAGAAAUUCCAGAUCCAACUCCAUCAAAAGGGAGAGGGCUGUGGCCGCAAUCGAUGGAGGAGGCAGUCAGCUGUGCAGGAAGGCAACAACAGGAGUAUGAUGGACAGGGAUCUGACAUGGACAGGGAAUUCUUUUAUUUAAACAUUCAGAGGAAAUCAGGCCUACUGUAGGCCUGAUUUCUGAUUUGUAAAUAAGAUUAAAGAUGUCUAGGAUAGUAUAAAUGAUAUCUGUAAAUGGCAGGUGUACUUUGAUUUUGAUGGGGCCAUAAUGUUAUAUUAAUAAAAAGCAUUUUAUUGAUUGGCACCUUUCAGGCCACUUAAGCACACCUUACAUGCAUAAUUAAUAAAAUAUUAAAAACA